UUGCCCAUGAAAUAUAUUUAUGUAACUGGGACUCUUGUGCAUUCAUUUGUUCUUGUUUUCUUAUCAUAGUUUAUCAAAAUAAUUUAAGUAAUUAGCUGAUCUGAAACCAAAAUAUGAAUAAUAUGAAUGUUACCACGGGCAAAUACAAAUGACCCAACUUAACGGAGAUUCUUUGGAAGCUAAGCAAGAACCAAUUCUAUUAUGAAUAAAAUUAUUAAAAGGUCUGUCUGACAAAUAAGAAUUUGAAGCUAUUUGAGGCUAAAACAUGCACUGUAUUCGUACGCAUGAACUUGUUCUCCUCCUCCGAGGAGAAAAGUAUAAAGUUUUUUAUAAAGUUCCUUAACUCCGCUCAAAUUAAUAAAUUAUCAAACAUUUCGUCGAUUUUACUGUAUUAUUUGUUAAUUCGAGUUCGUCCUAAUUUAUCGUCAUCAUGUACUCUGGUAUACAAAACCGCAAAACUUGAUUUUCCUCGUGGGAAAAAUAGAACCAUUAAAUGCGCAGUUAUUGUUAAUUUCAUUCCAAUAACAGAAGGGUGUGGUUGUUACUUGUUACCAUUUUAUUCAUAAUGGGUUUCGAAAAUGGUGUAGUUACUUUAAAUCAUGCUUCUCAUACAUAUUUUUCGGGCCAGACUAUAAAUGGACACCUCUCUUUCUUCUUGGAAAACUCUAAAGUUAUCCAUGGGAUUUAUGUGGAGGUGAAGGGUUGGCGCAAAGUUAAUGGGACUACGGAGCGUCGGUGUUGGUUGUUCCCUCGUUUAGCAUACACUGUAGAUCAUCAUUCUUACGAGGUGUGUCUUAGAAGAACGACAUUUGUAUGCGGUGGUGUAACUGGGAACUACUUUCUCCGGGCAGGUCGACAUGAGUUCAAGUUCGACUGCCCCAUCCCGGUUGACUCUCCAUCUUCAUUCGAAGGGAAGCAUGAGCACAUCAGAUAUUGUUUCAGUAUAGUCAUGCUUACCACUGGGAUGUUUUCUUCUGAUAAAAAGAUACUUGUUCCUUUCCGAGUUCUUUCUAGCAAGCAACAAAAAAAGCCGAUAGAAUUUCAACUGGAUGACGACUGGGCUGUUUGCGUGGCAUUCUCGCAAAUACCGGUGAAGCUUGCAACAGGGGACUGCGGUGUUGGGCGAGUUCUAAACCUAGAAGUCAUCUGCAAGAAUAAAGACGAAAGCAAUACCAAAACAGUGGUACCCACGAAACAGCCAGUGGCCUCGGAAGCCACACAAUCCUUCGAUUCUGAUCCCCCAACCUGCAAGACCGAGAGCAAUGAAGCAGAGAUCAAUAAAACUCCUACUAUAGCUGGGAAGAAGUGCAACUGGGUCCUGGAUUUUCAGAUAUUUAAGAAAAAAGGCGGUCGCCAGACCAAGCCUGUCGCAAUUGGAAGUAUCCCUUUGGCUGGAUUACCAACUAAUAAGCUGGUUCCAAUUUGCGCUCCUACAGAUGGAACUAUUGAUUACCCUCCCGUUGUAAUAAAUCAACCUCAGUCGAUCAAUUCUCCCUACUCUGGUGGUAACCCAGGAUUUUCUUCGAAUGAGAACACCUCAAUGAUUGAUGUUCCGAUGAGGGAAUCUAGUCCUACGGGACCUCCGCCAUCGUACUGGUGUUCAGUAUCCAAGCCUGUGUCUGGCGCUGGCAACGUGGAUGAACCCAAAUAAAAAAACCCGACUGAUGCUAUCCCGGAAGCACCAAUAAAUCAUCAACCUUAAAACUCAAAUAUGUGUAGAAGAACAGUGAGAAGAGAAUAAAGAAAACUUAUAAAUCCUUUUUAAUCUUUCAUCAUAACUACCGAUUUUUUAUGCUUUCUUUUAUAUAACAUAACUGCUUUCUUAUUAUUUUAAUACCUUUGUGUUUUUUAUACUAUAAUGGAACUAAUUAAUGUUUGGUAAUAAAAAGACUAUUAUA